AUGUGUGGAAAUGAGAGCUUCAUUUCUAAUCAUGCACCAUACAUGGCAAAGACCUAUGAUCGAGCCAGCCUCGUAUUCACACGUGGACAGGGCUCCUAUCUUUGGGAUAUGGAAAACCGCCGGUAUCUUGAUCUCACCUCUGGAAUAGCCGUCAAUUCCCUGGGGCAUUGCGAUGCUGAGAUUGGGAAAAUUAUUUCUAACCAAGCUACACAACUCAUCCAUAUAUCCAACUAUUUCUACAGUGAUUGGAACUGCAAGCUAAGCAAGCUUCUGGUUGAAAAAACCCGAGAAGCCGGAUCCAUGGGUGAUGCUGCCGCUGUCUUCCUGUCAAACAGCGGCUCCGAAGCAAAUGAGGCCGCUUUCAAGUUUGCAAGGAAGUAUGGGAAGUCUAUUGACCCCAGUGGUAACAAGUUCGAAAUAGUGUCAUUCCACGGUUCAUAUCAUGGACGCACAUUUGGCAGCUUGUCUGCUACCCCACGGCCUAUUUAUCAAGACGCCUUUGCUCCUCUCGUCCCAGGGCAUCGCUACGGUACGUUCAAUGAGACGAAUGGCCUGGUGGAUCUUAUCAAUCCUAGAACAUGCGCCGUCAUCGUCGAGCCUAUUCAAGGGGAAGGCGGCGUGCAUGUUGGAUCGGAAGAUUUCAUGACCAAACUAUGUGAUCGCGCUCGUGAGGUCGGAGCUGUCGUUAUUUACGACGAGAUUCAGUGUGGACUUGGACGAACUGGAUCUUUUUGGGCUCAUACCAAAUUACCACCUCGCGCCCACCCCGAUAUCAUCACUUGCGCAAAGGCCUUAGGCAAUGGCUACCCGAUUGCAGCAACUAUCGUUGGCAAGAAAAUAGCGGAUGUGAUCCAUUUUGGCGACCACGGUUCCACGUACGGUGGAAACCCAUUGGGAGCCAGUGUAGCCCAUCAUAUAUUGCACCGUUUGUCUGACGAGUCGACUUUAAGACACGUGAUGUCAAUGGCGCAGUUACUGAGAGCUGGACUUUUAUCCCUGCAGCAGAAGUAUCCCACCUUUAUACUAGAUAUCAGGGGCGAUGGGCUGAUGAUUGGUGUACAAGUCGAUCGACAUGUAAAUACCGUCGUGGCUAGUGCGAGAAAGAAUGGGCUUCUUAUCAUGACAGCUCAAAACAAUGUAAUCAGAAUUUUGCCCACUCUGAAUAUCACUCCAGACGAAAUAAGGCAGGCGUUGGAAAUACUUGAAAAGGUUUUUAUAGAUAUCCAGUAA